AGUGAUUGGUGCGGGGAUCAGCUUGGACUAGUCCGGCCCCCGCCCGAACAUCCGCCCGCCAGCCGGGCCUCCCUGAGAGCAGCGGCCUGCCAGGCCCACCACCUGCCAUGGUGCCGGGCAGCGGGCGGCCCCAACAGGUGGAUGGAGCGGAGCCUGUGGGAUGGGAGGAUGGAACGGGAUCCAAAGCCGCCCCGCUUCCGGGCCUUAUUCAGCCUCUGGCUGCCCAGGAAACAGCGGGCAAGGCCCGCUGGGGCACCAGUGCCCACCAUGGGCCCCAGCCUGAGCCAAGGCACGCAGGAUGAAGGUGUCGUCAAGGAGAUCUCGAUUACGCACCACGUCAAGGAGGGCUCGGAGAAGGCUGACCCUUCCCAGUUUGAACUCUUGAAAGUCCUGGGCCAGGGUUCCUUUGGCAAAGUCUUUCUGGUGAGGAAGAUCACCCGCCCUGACAAUGGGCACCUCUAUGCCAUGAAGGUGCUAAAGAAAGCAACCUUGAAAGUUCGGGAUCGAGUCAGGACCAAGAUGGAGAGAGAUAUCCUAGCUGACGUCAACCACCCAUUUGUGGUAAAGCUCCACUACGCCUUCCAGACAGAGGGGAAGCUCUAUCUCAUCCUGGACUUUCUUCGGGGAGGAGACCUCUUCACACGUCUCUCCAAAGAGGUCAUGUUCACAGAAGAAGAUGUGAAGUUUUACUUGGCUGAGCUGGCUCUGGGCCUGGAUCACCUGCAUAAGCUGGGGAUCAUUUACCGAGACCUCAAGCCUGAGAACAUCCUUCUGGAUGAAGAAGGGCACAUCAAGCUCACAGAUUUUGGCCUGAGCAAGGAGGCCAUCGAUCAUGAGAAGAAAGCCUAUUCCUUCUGUGGGACGGUGGAGUACAUGGCGCCUGAAGUCGUCAACCGCCAGGGCCACACCCACAGCGCCGACUGGUGGUCCUAUGGGGUGCUGAUGUUUGAGAUGCUAACGGGCUCCCUGCCCUUCCAGGGGAAAGAUCGGAAGGAGACCAUGACACUGAUUCUCAAGGCAAAGCUGGGCAUGCCCCAGUUUCUGAGCACUGAAGCACAAAGCCUCCUCCGAGCCCUGUUCAAGCGGAAUCCUGCCAACAGGCUGGGCUCUGGCAGUGAUGGGGCCGAAGAGAUUAAGAGGCAUAUCUUCUACUCUACCAUUGACUGGAAUAAACUGUUUCGUCGUGAGAUCAAACCCCCCUUCAAGCCUGCAGUUGCCCAACCUGAUGACACCUUCUACUUUGACACAGAGUUCACUUCCCGAACACCCAAGGACUCUCCGGGGAUCCCGCCCAGCGCCGGGGCCCACCAGCUCUUCCGGGGCUUCAGCUUUGUGGCUACAGGCUUGAUGGAAGAUGAUGGCAAGGUCCGGACCCCCCAAGCCCCACUGCACUCAGUGGUCCAGCAACUUCAUGGGAAGAGCUUGGUUUUCAGUGAUGGCUACAUCGUGAAGGACACCAUUGGAGUUGGCUCCUAUUCCCUGUGUAAACGCUGUAUCCACAAGGCCACCAACAUGGAGUAUGCAGUCAAGGUCAUUGACAAGAGCAAGAGGGACCCCUCGGAGGAGAUAGAGAUCCUUCUGCGCUAUGGCCAACAUCCCAAUAUUAUCACCCUGAAAGAUGUAUAUGAUGACGGCAAGCACGUAUACCUGGUGACGGAGCUGAUGCGGGGCGGAGAGCUCCUGGACAAGAUCCUUCGGCAGAAGUUCUUCUCCGAGCGUGAGGCAAGCUCUGUCCUGCACACCAUCUGCCGGACCAUGGAGUACCUGCACUCCCAGGGGGUAGUGCACAGGGACCUGAAACCUAGCAACAUCCUUUACGUGGACGAGUCUGGGAACCCUGAGAGCAUCCGAAUCUGUGACUUCGGCUUUGCCAAGCAACUUCGAGCAGAGAACGGACUCCUCAUGACCCCCUGCUACACCGCCAACUUCGUAGCCCCAGAGGUCCUGAGGCGCCAGGGUUAUGAUGAAGGCUGCGACAUCUGGAGUCUGGGUGUCCUUCUCUAUACCAUGCUGGCUGGAUGCACUCCCUUUGCAAAUGGGCCCAGUGAUACCCCAGAAGAGAUCCUGACCCGAAUCGGUGGAGGAAAAUUCUCUCUCAGCGGUGGAAACUGGGACACAAUUUCAGAAACUGCCAAAGACCUGGUGUCCAAGAUGCUCCACGUGGACCCCCACCGGCGCCUGACUGCCAAGCAGGUUCUCCAGCACCCGUGGGUCACGCAGAAGGACAAGCUUCCCCAGAGUCAGCUGACCCACCAGGACGUGCAGCUAGUGAAGGGUGCCAUGGCAGCCACCUACUCGGCACUGAGCAGUUCCAAGCCCACCCCCCAGCUGAAGCCUAUCGAGACUUCUGUCCUGGCCCAGCGGCGGGUGAAGAAGCUGCCCUCCACCACGCUGUGAAGGUUUUGGGGCUGCACCGUCACCGUAGACUCUGCACAUUUCCCUGAGGAAAUCCGCACGUAACCUGCCUGGGCAGGGAACUGGGACCCAGCCAGGUGGGAGCUCCGGGCAAGCUGCCGGCUUGGAUGGGCUCCCCUGGAGGAUGGGGGAGGAAGCAUUGCCAAGUGCCUUCCUGCUCCCACAGCACGGACCAUUUUUGGCAGGGACUUUCCUGACUGGAAUCAAUCACUGUACAAACUCCUUUUUUUAAAAAAAGUCAAAAAGCCGGGGUGCGGGUGGUGAUCAGUUAUUUUGUUUUCCAAGAUCUGUUUGUUGGGAAGGAGCAACAUUAACCACAGACAAAGGAGGGCCACAGAGCAAGACGAAGGGACCCUCCGUCCCUGGGGAAGGGCUCGGGCAGGCUCCAUUUCCGGGCCUUGGACUUGUCAGACUGGAUGGGAGGGGAGGGAGAUGGAGUGGAGGAUGUCUGUCUUUGGUGCUUCUGAGAUUUGAGGGUCUGCUCCAUGGACACCUUCUCCGGAUUCCCUCUCCAGAGGCUAAGGGCUUCCAGCCGCCUGUCUUCACUUCAGUCCCUCGGCCUUGCAAUAAAGGGAUUCUUUCCCCAGGAUCCUCUUGGGCCUAGCUUCAAGAAAGGUUAUGGAGCUGCUUUCUGUGGCCAGUGGAGCCAGAAGCAGCCUGGGCAGGUGGCUUAUGGCUGGUUUUAUCCCAACUGAACAAUUAAAAUGCAGGCUUAAGCCCUCCCUCCACCUGCCCCACCCUGCCACCUGCCAGAGUAGGAGUACCAGGGAUCUGAAAGCACUUUUUGAAUGACUUGAGAUUCACCACUGGACAGAACUCCCUAGAGCCAAACAGAAUUUUGAGUCUAUGUUGGGCUCACAGAAGGAGAGAGCAAGAGUUAGGGCUUUGUUUUGGUCUUCGUUUUUUUUUUUUUUUAAUUUGUUCCUUGGCUUGUUACUCAGGGUUCAUCUGUCUGUAAACUUUCUAAUAAACUUAUUUCUGAGUUGA